AGUCCGCGUGGCGCGUCAUGCCGCAAGUUAACCUCCACAACGUGCGCACUUGGUGAGCAGCUAGCUCCUCCGCCUGUCUGUCUCCAUGGGAAGCAUGCCCGAGAAGCCCCGCCAUGGCUUCGGCAGCCUGGUGACCGGCCUGCAGGAGGUGUGCGAGAGCGGCAUCACCAAGGACCUGGCGUGGCGGCGCUCGCAGCUCAAGGGGAUCAUCAGGCUCCUCACCGAGAAGGAGGAGGAGAUGUUCGACGUGCUUCGCGAUGACCUCGGCAAGCACCGUGCUGAAUCCUACAGAGACGAGAUUGGGGCUCUCGUCAAGUCCGUCAACCACACGCUGAGAAACCUGGAGAGAUGGGCGGCGCCCGAGAAGGUUCAAGCGCCGCUGGUUUCAUUCCCGGCCACUGCGCUCGUGGUGCCCGAGCCGCUCGGCGUAGUGCUCGUAUUCUCCUGCUGGAAUUUGCCAUUAGGUUUGGCUCUGGAGCCACUCUCCGGCGCCAUAGCGGCUGGCAAUGCUGUGGUUGUAAAGCCGUCUGAGUUCGCACCAGCCACCGCUGCGUUCCUCGCUAGCAACCUACCAAAGUACCUGGAUCCUAGGGCUGUCAAGGUUGUCUUGGGUGGACCAGAAGUUGGAGAGCAGCUAAUGGAGCACAGAUGGGACAAAGUCCUCUUCACAGGAAGCGCCCGUACAGGGCGCAUUAUCUUGACGAAAGCAGCAAAGCACUUGACGCCAGUCGCGCUUGAACUGGGCUCGAAAUGUCCGUGCAUCAUUGAUCGGCUAGAUAGCAAGAGAGACACCCAGAUUGCAGUGAAUCGCAUAUUUGGAGGGAAAUGGUCCCUUUGUGCCGGCCAAGCAUGUCUUGCCAUUGAUUACAUCCUGGUCGAGGAGGAAUUUGCACCUGCUCUGAUUGAGGUACUGAAAUCAACAGUCAAGAGGUUCACCGCUACACCAGAUUGCAUGGCCCGGAUCCUGAACGAAAAGCACUUUAAGAGGCUAAGCAACUAUCUGAAGGAUCGUAAGGUGGCUGCUUCUGUGGUGCACGGUGGUUCAGUGAACCCGAAAACCUUGACAAUUGAACCCACCAUACUGCUAAACCCUCCGCUCGAUUCUGACAUCAUGACCGAGGAGAUAUUUGGUCCGAUUCUGCCGAUCAUCACGGUAAAGAAGAUCGAAGAUAGCAUGAAGUUUGUCAGAUCUAAGCCGAAACCGCUGGCGAUCUAUGCUUUCACUAGAAACGAGAAGCUGAAGAGCCGGAUUAUAAACGAGACGUCGUCCGGGAGUGUCACGUUCAACGACGCUGUGGUGCAGUACGUUGUGGAAGGUCUCCCGUUUGGCGGCGUCGGGCAGAGCGGAUCAGGACAGUACCACGGAAAGUACAGCUUCGAGCUGUUCAGCAACAAGAAGGCGGUGUUCAAAAGAAGCUUCCUGAUCGAGUUCAUGUUCAGAUAUCCGCCGUGGGAUAACGGCAAGAUCGGGAUGCUGAGGCACGUCUUCAACACGAACUACGUGCUCCUUCUUCUCGGCCUGAUCGGCCUGAGGAGAUGACCAGAGAAACAACCUGGAGAACAAGACCGCAACCGGUCGAGCUGAAGAGCUGAAGCUACGCCGUAUGCACCAAAGCGUUUAGACUGCAUACAUCGUAGUGUUACAUACUAUACUUGAAUCAAUUGCAAAGUUGUAUCGUGUAAUCUAUAAUGCUGUGUGCAUCGUUUCGAUGCCAGAGGAGGGCGGUCCUCCCAUUUCACGAAGUAAUAAUCGUGUAAUCUAUUUCUAUCGACACCAUGAUUCGUCAAAGCUUGAGAAAUUUACUA